CUGUCAAUCGCAGCAGAACAGCAAUUUCUUCCUGGCAAUCUAGUGUGUCCGUUCUGUGGUGCGAUUUUCUCAAAUUUUUCCUCCAAAAAUGUCUUACGUUGCCCGAAAAGGACCACGAGUUGUGUCUGCUCUCGGACGAUGGGCUUACAAUUGGUCCGGAUUCAACCAGUACGGCUUGUACCGUGACGAUUGCCUGUACGAGGAUGACGAUGUGAAGGAGGCGAUUCGCCGCCUGCCCGAGAAGGUGCAGGACGAGCGCAACUAUCGUAUGAUGCGGGCGCUGCACCUCUCGAUGACCAAAACCAUCCUGCCGAAGGAACAGUGGACCAAGUACGAGGAGGAUGUAAAAUAUCUGGAACCCUACCUGGAGGAGGUCAAGCGAGAACGUGACGAAAAAAUCAAAUGGGAAUCGAACAAGUAAACGAUUCCGGAGGAAGUUGAACCUAUGAUUUAGAUUGGUUGGAUGGAGAUCGGAAUAAAUAUAGGAAAAUACAUUGGAAGUUGGUAAGAUGGUAUAAUGGAAAAGCAAUGAGAAUUUCGGAACAAAAGUUCUAAUUAAAUUUUAUUGAGAUGAUCCUCAAAUUUAUCGCUUUAAGAAAUAGCAUAAAUGUACGUUAGUUUUUGUUUAAUAGACUCGUACUGCAAUUCGCAUGUUCUACAUAUUGCAAUAGGUGGGCCGAUUAGUAGAACGGUUCAAUUU